UAUACAUGUACAUCAUGGUAGCUCAAGUUGAUGGUUAGCAGUAGACAUGAAUAUUUAGGAUACAGUGAAACCGCUCACACCCCCACCAUCUGGCUCUCACUCUCUAUUUCUCUCCAUCUAUGCUCUCCAACUUCUCUCUCUCUCUCUCUUUCUGUAAAGGCUGCUCUUCUGUGGUCAGGAAGUAAAUGCGCCUCUGUAAUGUUUCAGCAAAAGUCAUUGCAAAGCACAUCCGCUGUGCCACGCCAAAAGAGAGAGAAGUAAACAGGGUUUAUAAAACAACCUCUUCCUUAAAAUAUAUGAACUGGAUAGUGUUUGGUUUGCAGAAGUGAAUGGGCAGCACCGGAAGCUAACCAACCACAGGAGUCAACCAUGACAGCAUCACUUUGACCUAAUUCCAAGAUGGAUGCCCUGGCCAGCACAGAGGAACGAGACUAAACUAAGUUGAGCCAUAUCUCUGCUUAGGACUGAGUGAAGAGAGAGGUUAUGGAGGGGUCUAGGGUGCGCUCUCCUCUCCCAGACCUCAGGGAGCAAGACAGCCAGACAUGGCCCAAUAUGGAUCUCCCACUACAGAGCAGGCCACUGGAGGAGGCUAUUGGGUGGAGAGAGAUGGAGGAGCAAGUGAACCAGAUGGACAGGGAGGAAGAUGAUAACUCUCAUCAGACUGGAAGGACUGAGGAGCCAGAGGAGCACUGGGAUUCCAUGACUUUACCUGUGUACCCCAUGAUCCAUCCCAGUGUCCCUCUGUCCUUUGCCACGGUGCAGUGGGACAUAACCAACCCCUCCCCUGACAUUCCCUACCCCAUGACUGACAACAGCUCGGCCGAUGAGCUGGACUCCAGUGGAGCGGCCAGUCUGGACUGGACUGUGAGUCCCCUGUCCCAGCAGCAGCAGCAACAUCAAGCCUGUGUGACAGGAAUCAACAUAGAGCUGUCUGUCCAGGAGAAGACACAUAAUCACAACGGACCGGAGCAACAGCUGCCUUUGGACACAGACCAGGGUGAAAGCUCCCCUCGGGCAUGUGAUACACCAAGGCCAUAUGUGGAGGAGCAUGCAGCACACACACAGGAAGAGGAGGCUUCAGCACAAGAGCUAUUUGAGGACCAUGACUCUCUUUCAGGGAGACGUCCAUGGCCAGAGGAAGGGAUAGGACAGUCUGUGACAGAGGAGACUAUCACACCCUCUGACAUAGCUCCUAGUUCUGUAGAGACAGGAGAGUCUGAGACUAGGCUGGAUAGUGAGAGUUUAGGCUCUGUGCCGGGAGAGAAACAGGAACAGACUGGCACAGUCCUGACUAUACAGAUCAACCCAGAGCAAGGAUCCAGCUCUACAGACUAUGAGGAGGAGAAGGAGCAGACAGAACAGAUAGGACAGUCAGAGGGGAGGGAACAGUCGGACAGUGAGGAGGAAUCAGCGAUGAUAGAACUCUUAGAGCACCUGCUUGAGCCAGCUGAACUGAAAGAACAGUCAGAACUCUCAGAGAAGUCUGAACACAGUGGGCAGUCAGAGCCUAAUCACACAGAACAGAGUGAAUACGGGAACAAUAACGAGACAACAGAGCAGCCAGAAGACUCGGAGAAACUUGUAGAGUCCGACCAGGUAGAGCGUUCAAAUCAGUCAGGGGACGAAGACCAGCAAACUGAAGAGGCCCAUUUACAACAGGCAGAGCAGUCAGAAGUGACAGACCAGUCAGAACAAUCAAAAGAAUCCGAGCAGACGCAACAGCCAGAACAGACAGAAUGUUUAGAAUCAAAACAGACGCAACAUUCUGAGCAAACUAUGCACUUCGAGCAGACAGACUUUUCAGUGCAGGCAGAACCACAGACAGAACCAUCACAGCAGACGGAACACUCUGAAGAUUCUGAGCAGUCAAAACAAUCAGGGGAGAUGGAGCAGUCAGAGCAGACGGAGCAGUCGGAGCAGACGGAGCAGUCAGAGCAGACGCAGCAGACGGAGAAGUCAGAGCAGACGGAGAAGUCAGAGCAGACGGAGCAGUCAGAGCAGACGCAGCAGUCAGAGCAGACGCAGCAGUCAGAGCAGACGGACAAACCAAUACAUUCAAAGCAGUUAGAAGAAUUACUUUUCCUUUGCACAGAGGAGCUUCAACAGACAGAACAGUCAGACCAGACAGAAGACCAGAAACACUCAGGGGCUGAACAGCCAGCGCAGACUGCACUGACUGAGUCGACAGAAGACCAGAAACACUCAGGGGCUGAACAGCCAGCGCAGACUGCACUAGCUGAGUCGACAGAAGAGCUUGAGCAGACAGAGCAUGUAGAACAAUUGGGACAGAACGUUUGUACAGAGGAUUCAUGUUUGCCGCCCAGGGAAGGAAGUGGAGAGCAACUGGAGUCUCAGGUACAGCAGACGGAGGCCUCAGAACCAGUGGUGGUCCAUAUGAAUGGUGGAGGUUUGGACAGGGAGAGGGCCUGCAGGCUGGCUGAAAGACUCUACAGGCUGGAUGGGAUCUACAAGACAGAUGUGGUCAAACACCUGGACAAAGACAAUGACUUUAGCCGAGCCGUUGGGGAGGAGUACCUGAAGUUCUUUGACUUCACCGGUCAGAGACUGGACCAAGGCCUGAGGUCUUUCCUGAGGGUGGUGGUGCUUAUCGGUGAGACCCAGGAAAGAGAACGGGUGCUGCAGCAUUUCUCCUGUCGAUUCCAGCAAUGCAACCCUCACACCUUCUCCUCUUCCGGAGAAGUACUCACACUCACCUGUUCUGUGAUGCUCCUGAACUCUGAUCUGCAUGGACAGAAUGUGGGCAAACCCAUGUCUGUGUCCAGCUUCGUGUCCAACCUGGAUGGGAUGAAUGAGGGUGAGAGCUUCAGUAAGGAGCUGUUGAAGGCUCUCUACAACUCCAUUAAGAACGAGCCUCUGGAAUGGGCAGUUGAUGAGAAGGAACUGAAGAGCUCCAUGUUGUUGGCGGAGGAUGCUAAAGAGGACGCACCCCUGCGCUCCAAGAGCAACCCGUUCCAAGAUGUGCCGCAUGACAAGAAGGCCACAGUGUUCAAACAGAGCUUCCUCAAACGCAAGGCCCACGCUGACAUCGAUGGCAAACGCACUCCUUGGGGGAAGAGAAGCUGGAAGAUCUUCUAUGGAGUGCUGAAGGGAAUGGUCCUCUACUUACAGAAGGAUGAGUAUACGAUGGAGUGGCAGAGUACAGAGGAGGUGGUCAGUGUGCACCAUGCCCUGGCAGAGCAGGCAGCAGACUACACUAAGAGACCACACGUCUUCCGCCUGCAGACCGCUGACUGGAGGGUUUUCCUCUUUCAGGCCUCCUCCACAGCAGAGAUGAUUUCAUGGAUCAGCCGUAUCAACCUGGUGUCAGCCCUACACUCCUCUCCUCCCUUCCCUGCUGCCGUGGGCUCUCAGAGGAAGUUCUGCAGACCCAUCCUGCCAGCCUCGCAGUCUGCACACACACUGGAGAGACAGCUGCAGUCCCAUGCAGGCAUGCUGGAGUCCUUCCAGGAAGACCUGGCCUACCUGCAGCAGAGUCUCCCUGACGGGCGCAGGGCCAAAGCCAAGGAGAUGGAGGAACACCGAGUCAGAGAGGAGUACCUGCAGCAUGAGAAAUGUCGCUACGAGGCCUACAUCCAGAUGCUGGAGGUCUGGAAGGGUUUGAACCAGUCAACCGAGACUGAGGUGGGAACCAGUGAGCUCGACCUGUUUGACAGAGCUGUGUGUAAGGACACAGUGGAUGAGGAAGGGGAGGAGGGAACCCUGAAGAAGUCCCACUCCAGCCCCUCCCUGGAUCUGGAGAUGGCCUCGCAACCCGUGGUCAAAGUUAAACGCAACAUCUCGGAGAGACGGACCUAUCGCAAGAUCAUCAUACCGAGACGCAACCAGGACAUAUGAGGGCAGGUGUCAAAAAGUGUGGGGACACAUAGAACUCUGACAUGACUUUUCAAUGGCUUUUUUUAGGACAGGGACAAUGUGUUACUUCUAAGCACGGUCCUUUUUAAGUUUUCAUUUUCAGCUUGCACUUAUUCAGCAAGAAGGCAAAGGUCAAUAAAACAGAAUGCAUCCCUCA